AUGUAUGUAACCACCUUUCAGAGUCGGGCUAACAAGCAUGCAGUGAGCAUCCCCAUAUCCCGACCAAGAUCAUCAAAAUCAAACACCGACAAAGCAAAAAAAGAAGAAAAUACACGCCUCGAUCUCGCCCACUCCCUCACCUACCUUCGCGGAACGAGUCGCACAGUCAUGGCAGGCCUUUUCAAACGGGUCUACGAUUGGCUGUUGAGGUUGUUCUGGGCCACCGAGAUGGAUAUCACCAUGAUCGGGCUGCAGAAUGCUGGCAAGACGUCGCUGUUGAGAGUACUGGCGGGCGGCGAAUUCACCCUCGACUCCAUCCCGACAGUUGGUUUUAACAUGAAGCGUGUGCAGAAAGGCCAUGUGACGCUCAAGUGUUGGGAUCUCGGCGGCCAGCCCAGGUUUCGGUCCAUGUGGGAGCGAUACUGCCGGGGGGUGAAUGCCAUCGUGUUCAUCGUGGACUCGGCCGAUACCGAUGCUUUGCCAGUCGCAAAGGACGAGCUCCAUCUGCUCCUUGAGAAGCCUGUGCUGGAGGGCAUCCCACUGUUAGUCCUAGGUAACAAGUCGGACCUCCGUGAUCAUCUGUCCACGGACGAGCUGAUCGAUGCGCUGGAUCUGAAGGCCAUCUCCCACCGUGAAGUGAGCUGCUAUGGCAUCAGUGCCAAAGAGGAGACCAAUCUAGACGCCGUAUUGCAGUGGCUUGUCGCGCGUGCCAGCAAGUAG